AAAAAAAAAAAAAAACCCUAACUUUCUUCUUUCUUCUUCUACAUACACCCGCACUGUUUCAGACGAUCUCUCCCGCUCUCCAGUUCCAUCAGUCUCAGCCAUCGUUCCUUCAUUGUGCUUUCUGAGAAAGAAGACCAAUCUCAAACCCUAACAAAAUGCACGCUCCGGUGCUCGUUCUCAAGGAUUCUCUAAAGCGGGAGUCUGGAAGCAAGGUGCAACAUGCCAAUAUCCAAGCUUCUAAGGCUGUUGCGGACAUUAUACGUACGACUUUGGGUCCCAGAUCCAUGUUGAAGAUGCUACUGGAUGCUAGUGGAGGAAUCGUGGUUACAAAUGAUGGAAAUGCCAUUCUGCGUGAAUUAGAUAUCGCCCACCCUGCUGCAAAGUCAAUGAUUGAACUAAGCCGUACACAGGACGAAGAAGUAGGAGAUGGAACGACGUCUGUUAUCGUUCUUGCUGGUGAAAUGCUCCAUGUUGCAGAAGCAUUUAUUGACAAAAAUUAUCAUCCUACAGUUAUUUGCCGAGCCUACAGUAAAGCUCUAGAGGAUGCUAUCGCUGCGCUUGACAAAAUUGCUAUGCCCAUUGACGCGAAGGAUCGUGCGACAAUGUUGGAGCUGGUUAAGAGCUGUAUAGGCACAAAAUUCACAAGUCAAUUUGGAGAUCUGAUUGCUGAUCUAGCAAUUGAUGCCACCACAACAGUGGGAGUUGAUCUUGGCCAAGGGUUGCGGGAAGUAGACAUCAAGAAGUACAUUAAGGUCGAGAAGGUACCCGGUGGACAGUUGGAAGAUUCCAAAGUACUUAAAGGAGUAAUGUUUAACAAAGAUGUUGUUGCUCCUGGAAAGAUGAGAAGAAAGAUUGUUCACCCACGUAUCAUACUUCUUGAUUGUCCCCUUGAAUACAAAAAAGGUGAGAACCAAACAAAUGCUGAACUAGUCAGAGAAGAAGACUGGGAAGUCCUAUUGAAGAUGGAAGAAGAAUACAUUGAGAACCUCUGUGCACAGAUUAUUAAGUUCAAACCAGACUUGGUAAUCACGGAGAAAGGCCUUAGUGACUUGGCAUGUCAUUAUAUGAGUAAAGCCGGUAUUAGUGCUAUCAGGAGGUUGAGGAAGACAGAUAAUAACAGGAUAGCUAAGGCCUGUGGUGCGGUUAUUGUCAACAGACCAGAUGAACUGCAAGAGUCUGAUGUUGGUACUGGAGCUGGGCUGUUUGAGGUUAAGAAGAUAGGAGAUGAGUUUUUCACUUUCAUUGUUGAUUGCAAAGAUCCUAAAGCUUGUACUGUACUACUUAGAGGUGCGAGUAAGGAUCUGUUGAAUGAAGUUGAAAGAAACUUACAGGAUGCAAUGUCUGUAGCAAGGAACAUCAUAAAAAAUCCUAAGCUUGUACCUGGAGGUGGUGCUACAGAGUUAACUGUAUCUGCUACUUUAAAGCAAAAGAGUUCAUCUAUUGAAGGCAUUGAAAAGUGGCCUUACGAAGCCGCCGCUAUAGCUUUUGAGGCUAUACCACGAACGCUAGCUCAGAAUUGUGGGGUCAAUGUGAUCAGGACAAUGACUGCGCUGCAAGGAAAGCAUGCAAAUGGUGAAAAUGCAUGGAUUGGCAUAGAUGGAAACACUGGUGCAAUUACUGACAUGAAAGAACGGAAGAUAUGGGAUGCCUACAAUGUAAAGGCACAGACCUUUAAGACAGCUAUUGAAGCCGCGUGCAUGCUUCUGAGGAUAGACGACAUUGUGAGCGGCAUUAAGAAGAAGCAAGCUCCUGGAGCCUCAGCUCCAUCAAAGCCUCAAAUCGAAACAGAAGCAGAUGCCGACAAUGAGCAAAUUCUUCCCGACUAAGAUAUUGAACCGAGAUAGUUGAGUUGAAUUGCUUUGAAGUAUUUGACCAAAGUGCCUGUUGGUUUUUCUUUUUUGGCUAGAAAAGAAGUGCAUGUUUGGUUUUAGUGGCUUUACAUGGGUUUUGUUGAGUUUUCUUUGAGCUGUAGUUAAAAAAUUUUGGGCCUUCCAACUCACCUUUGCUGUUGUUUGGAUUAAGAGGGAUAUUGUAAGCUAAAAUUCACUUCAAUUUGGAUUUAUUGCUUGAAAGUUUCCUCA